AGCUUCUGUAACGGAAGAAAUCACAUUCAAAAUGUCUCGCUUUGCUAUUCUUCUUUUGUGCGUUGAGGCUUUCCUGAUCCAAGCUGCCUUCAGCCAGCAGUGUGGCUGCAUUCAAAACUACGCCCAGUACAGCGUCCCCGUGAGCGCACCCUCCGCCAUCAGCUACGCAUCCUCGUACGGCGGGUCCGGCACCGGACAAGUCGGCGUGUCGGGCGACAUCGGCGCGAGCGGUCAGACCGCCGUCGUCGGAUCCGUGCCCGUGCUCGGCGCCGUCGACUUCGGCGGCAAGGUCGCCGCCGCCGGAUCCGUGUCCAUCUCCGGACAGUGCGGAUGCGGAUGCCAGGCUUAAGUGAUAAAGAAGAAGAGAUAUUUUUACUAUUUUUUAUAAUAAAAUGAUAUAAUUAA